CGAAACUAGUGGUGAAAAAUCGGCGCGGAUUCAAUUUCAGUGACUCAACUCAAUUUUGAAUAUAUUGACUCGAAUCGAUUUCCCUUCCAAUAUUUCAUGGGUUUAAUCGCUUACUUUGUCGGUCAAAAUUCUUUAUUUUUAAGACUUUGUGCAUUUUUUAAUGGAUUAUUUUAGUUUGUUCGUUUGUAUUGAUUAGUGAGUAGAAUUUGUCGAAUGGGUGAAAACUAAGUGAAAAAGUUCGUUCCCUCCAUGGAAAUUCUAAGAGUAAAAGAUGAGCAGCUACAGAAAUUAUUAUGACUCUACAUUUGGAAGAACCACUGGCUCAACGAGUAAACCUCUUUCCGACUCCAGAUCAACACCUUCACGAAUUGCCACUAAAUAUGGAGGCUCUUAUACUAGCAGCAUUGCUUCAACGUCAGGUCGAAGCGAGCCUCCUAGAAUCAAAACUAUCCUGGACAAAGACACCUUGCACCCGCCGGUUUCGUACAAAUCGCCCCUAUCUCGUGCAACCACCCGAUCCAGAGAGCCUAGUCCUUCAAUGGACAAAUCUGAAAAGAGCACAUCAUCCAGCUCCAGUUACAUAAACCCCAACAGGCUCUAUCCGCGCCCAUACACCAGGAGCAGCACUAGUAGAGAAAGCACCGUCUCGCCAGUCGGCAGUACCAGUAAUUUGCCUCGACUCAGUAGUACCAAACGUGAAGAUGCCAGUCCUGCAAAGUAUGGAAGUGGGCGUGCUUCCAGUGUUUCCAAAGAUAGUAGUAUUGCCUCGAAGUAUAAGAGCUCUAGAGAGGAUCUUUCCUCAGGUAGUCAAAAAUACCUCAACAGUCGGUUUCUGCCGAAAAACUCGGUGGAAAGGAGCUUUACAGCAUAUUCGCGACCAUCGGCCGCUCGGACUCAUGAGGUAUCACGAAAAAACAAAGAGUUGCUCCACUCAUUACACGCUCAGCAGGAACAGGAAAAAUUCCCAAGCAGACCCCCCAGCAGAUGCUCCUCGGCAACUCCAGAAGAAAGACCCAAAGCGACCAAAAAACCUUCUCCAGAAAUCGAAGCUACAGCGGCAAAAGAAGUAGAAUUUGAGACUGUUAAAGUAUGCACGCGAGGCACAUCCCCGACACUGGGAAGCUCCACCCAUCCCAGCUUCCUCAGGAGCCGCAGAAUCGAGUUAGCAAAAACCAUAGAGAAAACUAUUACUAGAGCCAAAACUAUAAAGGAGAAUAUGAUUGAUAAAGAAAUCCAAUCUGAUCGAAUGGAUGACUCCACGCGAUCUUCACGAUUUGCUGGUGCUUCCCGAAUAAGCGCCACUCCUUGGACCAAUUUCCUAGAUAUGAAAUUUUCCAGCCCCAAUAGUAAGAAGGACAAAAAGACAAAGCAGGACAGUGUGGAGAGCCCUAAGAGUCUAUCACGGACAAGUUCCACUAAAAGUAUCGCAUCAGUAAAAUCCGAUAAGGAUAGGGAAGGAAAGAAAGCAAUUAGCAUAAAGUCCAAGCUGACGCCUCCGAGGCAACUAACUGAUAAAAAGCAGUUGCGUCCCCCAAUCCCCAAACCGGAAACUUCGAAUAAACCCAACUCGUUACAUUCCCUGAACACGCCGAAUAAGGAUUUCCGAAAGUCUGUACUGAACAUGAACCCGGACGGCUCAAGGAAGAAAAUCGGUAGGCGAAGUAACUCGGCUAGUUCAGCUGAGUCAGACAACGCAGAUCCGGACGCCACUGACAUAUCCGAAAACUUAACUAGUUGCAAGUCCUAUCAUAAUAAUAGUUCUAGCUCACGCCUGCCUCAGAAGACCUCCGAAAAUCGGCAGAGAAGCAGAGCCUCGCCUGGAUCUGAUGUGAGCGUAGGAAGCACCACUGGUCCGAGUUCAAGCGAGGAAGACUCGAAAAGUCGAAAGGAGCGAGUGCUAAGCACGAAUUCUUCCAGAACGUCCGCGAUUUUCAGCUCUGUUGAUGAUGUUUUAUCGGAGCCAGUGACAAAAGUACCGCCAAACUCAAAGUUAAAGGGAGAAGGAAAUAAAAAUGAAACAGAGGCGAAAAACUUCCUGAUGAGAGCGUUAGCUCCAGUAACGAACUUGUUCAAAACGAACAGACAAAGUACCGGGAACAUGGAUGAAGUUCAAAAAGCGUCUGGGUCUCCACCAGGUGCUGAUGGAAAGGUAACUUGGAUCUUAGAUCCCAGCUCAGAAAGCGCAUUAGAGCCAAACAGCAUUUCCCAGCAAACUCCGGAGCUAAGAAGCGCGAAAUUAAUACUCCAUAGAGUGGAAUCCGAUCAGAAAGGUUGGUGGGAGGAGUCCUCUGAAACGGCUUCCGACCCAAGCAAACUCCAGCAGCGAAGUGAACCCGUAGACAUGAAGUAUGGAAAUACCGCAUCGGAGCCCGGGCAAAGCGCUCGAGCUCCCUCCUUAUCAAAGCAGGACUCCUCAGGUGAAACUCCUUGGUGGCUGGACUCGAGUCAAGCAGUUCCGGAUGGUAUGCAAAUAUAUUCGGGGUAUAAUGCUGAAAAUAACAUGUCAGCCCCACUGAGUAAACCGGCGGUUCGACAUAACGAUUCCGGGGAAAAGCCGUGGUGGCUGGAUGAGGAAGCCCCGGUCCCAGAAGGAGUUGAAACGUAUGCUGGUUGCUCCCAGCAAAACAAUAAUAAAAAAAGUACAAUUUCUCAUGUACAAUCCGGAGAAAAGCCCUGGUGGCUGGAUGAGAAUCCCACGGAGGUGCCGGAAGGUGUUCAAGUGUACCCUAAUUAUAGCGCACCACCACAGGCCAACGAGGAGAGCCAGCCUCCAGAUAAAUAUCGCAUCCGAACUGUGGAAAGUGGAGAAGCAGCGUGGUGGUUAAAAAAGGACGCUGAUCCACCGGAAGGAGUCAAAACGUGGCCGAACCCCGAAACAGCUCCAAGUAAUCCUCAGCAAAGUAAACCAACCAUUCGCCAUGUUGAAAGCGGCGAAUCACCCUGGUGGCUGCAAAAAGAUUCCACGCCGCCUGAAGGGGUGCAGACCUAUCCCAAUUGGGCACCUGAGCCAGCAAAUGGCUCCAAAUUCAAGAGAAAUGAUUCAGGCAAUUCAACCUGGUGGCAAGAUAGCGACAAAUCUACAUCCGAGCAGCGCAAUGUUGAGCCUGGUGAAAACAAACAACCAGAAUGUUUGGAAACGCACAAAUUGAGGCACAUUGACUCUGGCGAGCGGGAAUGGUGGAUCAACGACGACGAAACUUCCGCUGAGGUUGAGGCAAAACAUGAAAUUGGCAGCACUGCAAAAUAUGCCAUUAGACAUCAGGAUUCGGGUGAAAAAGCUUGGUGGCUCCAGGAUAACCAGGAAUUUGAUAGUCAAGAACCGUUGGGAGAUAGAGCUAGUCCAGAGGGUUUGGAAAUGCCCAAAGACACCGAAGCAGGCCGAUUAAGCCCGUAUGAUAACGUACCAAUGCUUGGCGAAACGAAUAGGAAAGGCGUUUCGUCGCUUUUUAUUUCAAAGCACACCAACAUUGAUGAUAUUUUGGGCGGCACGGGCCAGUUGUGGAGUCCCAUAAUGAACAAGAUUUUCGACUAUCAGGACGAUGCGGAUAAUUGCAGGGAAGUGGAUGCUAGGGAAGUGAUCAUCCACGAGGGCAGCAAGGCGGGAUCUGUAUCCAACCGAAGGUUCAGACCCGAGGCACAUCAAUCUAGCAAAGGGCUGGACGAUGCGGCUCUUCAGCUGUACAAAGACGGAGAUUAUGGAUCAUAUUUGGAUCUGGAGGCAUCGAUCUCCGAGCAGCAGGAAGAGUUUGAAGGGUUCCAGUCAAACAAAAAAAAUUCCAUAGUACUUCGCACCCAGUUAUCAGUUCGGGUCCAUACGAUAAUAGAAAAACUGCUUACUUCGGAGGGCCGAGAAUUGCGAAGAGCCCUCUUUUCCUUAAAACAGAUUUUCCAGGAAGACAAAGACUUGGUGCAUGAGUUCGUCCAAAACGAUGGACUUUCCUGCCUUAUCAAAGUGGGUUCUGAGGCCGACCAGAACUACCAGAACUACAUUCUUAGGGCGUUGGGCCAAGUCAUGCUCUACGUCGAUGGAAUGAACGGUGUUAUGGAGCACAAUCAAACGAUCCAAUGGCUCUACAGUUUGAUCUCCUCAAGGUUUCGUCUCGUUGUAAAAACCGCUCUCAAGUUGCUACUGGUCUUCGUAGAAUAUACGGACUCAAAUUGCAUGCUACUGGUUAAAGCCAUCCGAAGUGUGGACUGUUCUCAGGGCCUUCUACCGUAUCACAACAUCAUGAAGCUGUUGAAAGAUUUCGAUGCUGCUGAUACCGAACUUCUCAUUUAUGCAACAACUUUAAUCAACAAGAUUCUUAAUGGAGUACCUGAUCAAGACGUAUACUAUGACCAAGUAGACGCUCUGGAAGAACAAGAAAUCGAGUCGAUAGUGCAAAGGUACAUGUCGAAACCUGGAACAGAUCUGGAUCUUUUGCAACAGUUCCAGAUUUACGAAGCGGUUCUUCAGUACGAAGAUGGGGAAGAUAAGGGUGUGGGAGCACCAUUGAGACACUUAGAUGAAAAUCUGAGGAAAACGAUCAGAUCGCGUAAAUCCAUAGUUGAAACUACAGAAAGGCGAAAAAGUCGACGGCACUCUACAGGAACCACUCCCAUAUAUGGCGGGUUUACUCAGAAGAACAAGAACCAAAGCGUUUUAGAGGGAUAUGAUGAGUCUUCUAGCUCGUCUGAGGUGAACAAUGCGCAGUUGAAUGGAAGCUAUAAGGAAAGCAACACAGCUAACGAAGCCGGAGUGACGCCCGCUCUUAAACGUCGAAGAGAAAGGGCCGAACGGCAAAGAAGUUUUAUGCGAGAACAGCAAGAAACUGCUGCUUUGCUUAAAGGAGUGAUUCAGCAAAAUAACAACGAAGACAUUAAUAAUAUCGAAAACAAUAAUGGACAUUUUACUAACGCACUUCAACAGCGCCUAUCAAACGGGAACAAUCUCCUCAAUAAAACCCCGAGCAGGAAAGAUAUGACUCCGUAUCUAAACGCAGUGAAUCGAAUGGAAUCUGAGGAAAAUCUGAAACAGCCCUGGAUCAUGUCGAUGAUUCAGAACCAUGAGGGCCUGGAGGAAUCGGACAUCGCGAACGAAAAUGAACGAAAUAUUCUAAUGCAAUUGAAAAAAGAAAAUACCGUAAAAGAUAUAACUCAGAAACUAGCAAACCAGUCAAUUUUGCAAAGUCCAACCGAGGAAAAAAUGAAUCGUUUCGGCGAUAUGUGUGGACUGAUAUCGAAAGCCAAAGAAGGGCUGGCGAAAUCGAAAUCAAAAGCUGAUGUUCUGAGGAGUCCGACGCAUGAAAAUUUGCCGAAAAUUGAAGCGAAAAAAUCCGAAAACGAACUUAGGUGGGAGGAAUUGGUCGCUAAUUUGAACAGGCCGUUGAACCUGUGCGAUAUGGACUUUACAGACCUGAUGACAGACGAUGAAGCUGAUAUUCUGACACCAGUGGCACCAAUAAACGGAAUCCCGCCCCCACCACCGCCCCUACAGAGCAUGGGCAAUGCUCCUCCUCCACCGCCUCCUACCAGCAGGAUACCAACAGCCCCACCACCUGUUCCAAACGCUCCAUUGUUUGGAGUUUCCCUCACAAAGAACAGUAACAAUAAGAAUUCGACUGAAACUAGAAUACCAAUUAAGAAAAACAAGAAAACAGUAAAACUGUUUUGGAAAGAAGUGCGAGACGAUCCAAUAAGCCAGGCUAAACUUAAAUCCGGAUACAUCUGGGACGAACUGAAUCCAGUCAUUGUAGACACUCAAAAGUUGGAGCACUUGUUUGAGUCCAGAGCCAAAGAUUUAAUUUCUAAGGAGAAACAGCAGGAGUUGAACAAAAACAAGGAAAUCAUCGUCCUAGACCCCAAAAGGUCCAACGCCAUCAACAUCGGCAUGACCAAGUUGCCUCCGCCCCGCUCAAUCAAAACGGCCAUCCUGAAGAUGGACGCUACCAUAAUGAACAGGGAAGGAAUCGAAAAAUUACUCACCAUGCUCCCAACUGAAGAGGAAAGAACGAAAAUUCAGGACGCUCAAGCAGCAAAUCCCGAUUUACCACUGGGCAGUGCGGAACAGUUCCUGCUAACUUUAGCUUCGAUCUCAGAGCUCCCUGCUAGGCUGAAGCUGUGGGCGUUCAAGUUGGAUUUUGAAAAUUCCGAACGGGAAAUCGCCGAGCCUUUAAUGGAUCUCAAGCAAGGCUUUGAGGUGUUGAGGAUUAAUAAAACUUUCAGAGCAAUCAUUAGUACCUUGCUUUCAAUCGGCAACUUUCUGAACGGUAACGAAGUCAAAGGGUUCCAAAUCGACUAUCUCACAAAAGUACCUGAAGUGAAAGACACUGUUCAUAAGCAUUCACUUUUACAUCACCUGUGCCACAUUGUCAUGGAGAAAUUUCCCGAAGCUUCAGAUUUAUAUUCAGAGAUUGGUGCAAUAACCCGAGCUUCAAAGGUAGAUUUCGAUGAACUGACGCUCAACAUCCAAAAAUUGGAAGCUGAUUGCAAAGCUUCUUGGGAUCAUUUGAAGCUGAUCGCUAAGCACGAUGGUUCCACGAUGAUGAAAGUGAAAAUGUCCGACUUCUUAGCCGAUUGUGCGGAACGAAUUAUUCUGGUCGGCAUCAUCCACCGAAGGAUAAUGAAUAGGUUUCACAAAUUCCUGUUGUGGCUGGGAAUUCCUUUCCACCAAGUGGCAGACACCAAGCCGAACGAAUUUUGUCGAAUUGUUAGUGAGUUUGCACUGGAGUAUCGCACUACCAGGGAACGAGUUUUGCAGCAAUUGGAAAAGAAGGCGAAUCAUCGAGAGAGGAACAAGACAAGAGGCAAAAUGAUAACGGAUGUAAGUAAUAUUGGAAAAUUCCGUUCAAAAGAGGACCGUGCCGAUGCUGAGCUGCGCCAGUUACUCGGAAGCGAUAUUUCUGACGUGGAAAGCAUGCAAGGCACCUUACCUUGGAGGCAUAGGCGAAGAGAAAGCGCCAGCCAGAAUAACACCCUUGGCAGAAACUCUACGGGACUCAAUGGGCAUCUGACUGAUGGAGAUGAUGAAAUUCUAGAAAGUUUGGUAAAAACUGCUACUAAAGGACCUAGAACAGCUCCACGGGAAAGAAAAAGAACUAGACACGUUGAUAGGAAGUCUUUACGAAGAACUCUUAAAAACGGCCUCUCGGAGGAGGAAAAGAAACACCUGUCAACCUACAUUAAGGGCUACUGAAGGAACCGAUGCACAGUCCAUAUACAGAGUUGAGUUUAAAUUUCUCAUAAACGCCAAGAGCCGAUGAAUGUUGUUUAAUGUAACGGUAAAUUAUGAUGUAAUUAAACAAUGGAGGCAGGUAAAAAGAAAAUUGAUUAUUGAUCAAUUGUGUGUAUAGCGAGAAUUAUUGUUAAUGUGAUAAUAAAUAGGUAAUCGAAUGCGACUCAUUUUAAUAUAAUAAUUGUUGAUUUUAUUUUAUUCUAAUUUAGAAUUUUUGCUUAGAAUAGGAUUUAUUUAUUUUUUAUUCUCUGCCGUUUUUCGCAAAAGUAACCACUAGUCUCGUUUCCUGAAUUUGUCUUUGAUACCAUUGUAAAUUAGAAUUAAAGCAAGCAUUAAUAAGUAUUUUUUCCUAAGGAUUUUCCUCUUUUUUGCUGUGGUUUUAGAUAGUAAAGUGUAAUUUUUGUUUUAUGUAAUAUAGUUACAUGAUUUUGUUA